CUCGGCGUGCAACAACAUUUGCCGUCCGCCGACAGCGUAUCCCAACGACGAACACACACACACACACACACCAAGGCACAUUUGCCGUCCGCCGCCAACCGUUUACAAUUGGCCACGUCGUCGCCGCCGGCCGGCGAGGAGACGUCUGCUUUGCUCUUCUUUUCAUCGAACCAAGCCACCCGGCGGAAAGGGUCAAAGGGGAAACAAAGAUUUCGCUUUGCAGAAGAGGACACCUGCGCUGCUGAUCUGGCGCCGCCGUCCACUCGCUACGUCGCUGGAUAAUAGACUAGCCGUCCCUUCCCGUCACGGCCCGGCGACUCAGCAAGGAGAACUGCAGCGACAGCGACAGCGACCGCCGGAUUGUUAAUCAGCCUAUACAGUCUUCUUCUAGAUAGAAAAGAAACAAAGAUAAAGGUUAAAGCUUUCUCGUAGCCUCUCCUGGACAAACCGGCGAUUGUCCUGUCGCAGCGGGCCCGUCGGAAUGGUGAGCGGAAAUCUGCUCUCCCGGAGGAAGCGCUCGUGGCGUGCCGAUGAGUUCGUGAGCCGCAGCACGCUGCAAUUGCUGGACUUUGAUGAUGGCUCACCACCAGAGCAUGCAUGGAGAAGGAAACUAAGUAGUCAUGCUAAUAGAUUGAAGGAGUUCAAUGUCACAUUCAGAGAAGCAAUUAGAAUGAUGAAACUUGGUCUCCGACUUUGGUCAUACAUUCGGGAAGAAGCUUCUCAUGGAAGGAAAGCACCAAUUGAUCCAUUCACUAGAGAGGGCAACAGACCCUCAGCCUCACAAGGAGUACCUCUUGGUGGGAUGGGCAGUGGUAGCAUUUCAAGAGGCUUUAGAGGAGAAUUCAAGCAUUGGCAGAUAACUCCUGGUUCUUGUGAAAUGUCACCUGUGAUGGCCAAUCAAUUUUCGAUCUUUGUCACUCGGGGAGGAAAUAAGAAAUACGCUUCAGUUUUGGCCCCUGGUCAACUUGGUGGUUUGAAGAAAUCUAUUGAUGAUGGUAUAUCGUCCUGGGACUGGAAAUUAAAGGGCGAUCGUUCAACAUAUCAUGCUUUGUUUCCUCGUGCAUGGACUGUUUAUGAUGGCGAGCCAGAUCCUGAACUGAAAGUAUCCUGCCGUCAAAUAUCUCCAUUUAUUCCCCAUGAUUACCAAGAGAGCAGUCUUCCUACCUCUGUUUUUGUAUAUACUCUAGUGAAUACUGGAAAGGAAAGGGCAAAAGUUAGCCUAUUGAUGACUUGGGCGAAUUCUAUAGGAGGACUUUCACAUCAUUCUGGGGGUCACGUAAAUGAGCCAUUCAUAGGAAAAAAUGGAGUUUCUGGUGUUCUUCUACAUCACAAGACAGCCAAUAAUAAUCCUCCUGUAACAUUUGCAAUUGCGGCAUGUGAAAAUCAAAAUGUAAAUGUCACAGUAUUGCCUGUUUUUGGGCUUUCUGGAGAAAGUUCUGUUACUGCUAGGGAAAUGUGGGGCACAAUGGUUCAGGAUGGUUCCUUUGACCGAGAUAAUUUCAGUGCUGGUCCCAGCAUGCCUUGUUUGCUGGGCGAUACAGUUUGUGCAGCAGUUUCUGCUUCAACCUGGGUUGAACCACAUGGAAGAUGUACAGUUGCAUUUGCAUUGGCUUGGUCUUCUCCUAAGGUUAAAUUUAAAAAGGGGAGUACAUACUACAGGAGAUAUACAAAGUUCUAUGGAACUUCUCCAAGAUCAGCCGUCAAUUUGGUAGAGGACGCUUUGAUGAAGUAUAAGCAUUGGGAAGAAGCGAUUGAUAAGUGGCAGACCCCGAUUCUCCGAGAUGAGAGGCUUCCAGAAUGGUACAAGAUUACGCUCUUUAAUGAGCUGUACUUCCUAGUUGCUGGUGGAACCGUUUGGAUUGAUAGUGAAUCGUUGGUGUCUGAUGCUGAUAACAAGUUGAAUCCAAGUCCCCCAGAAGACAGUAAUUUUCCAUUUCAUGAUAGCACAUGCAAUUCUACAGUUCCACUCAUUGGUUUUGACCCACAUGAGAUCGAUGACAAAGAAAAUGUUGGGAAGUUUUUGUACCUUGAAGGAAUAGAAUACUUCAUGUGGUGCACCUACGAUGUACACUUCUAUGCCUCUUUUGCUCUUUUGGAUCUGUUUCCUAAGAUUGAAUUGAGCAUUCAACGUGAUUUUGCUAGAGCUGUUUUGCGGGAAGAUAACAGAAGAGUCAGAUUUCUUGCUGAUGGUACCUGGGGUAUUCGUAAAGUAAUCGGUGCUGUCGCCCAUGAUCUUGGAGCACAUGAUCCAUGGCAUGAAUUGAAUGCUUACAACAUACAUGACACAAGUAGAUGGAAAGAUCUUAAUCCCAAGUUCGUGCUUCAGAUUUACAGGGAUUUUGCUGCAACAGGUGAUAAGUCAUUUGGCAAGGAUGUCUGGCCUGCAGUUUGUACUGCUAUGGAAUACAUGGAACAAUUUGAUCAUGAUGGUGAUGAUAUGAUUGAAAAUGAUGGAUUUCCUGAUCAAACUUACGAUGCUUGGACAGUUCAAGGAGUAAGUGCGUAUUGUGGUUGCCUCUGGCUUGCUGCCCUUCAAGCUGCAGCGGCACUGGCUCGAAGCCUUGGACAUGAUGAUUAUGCUGAGAGGUGCAUGACAAGAUUUGCAAAAGCUAAAUCUGUAUUUGAAGCCAGGUUAUGGAACGGUUCAUACUUCAAUUAUGACAGUGGUACAAGUUAUAAUAGCCGUUCCAUCCAGGCAGAUCAGCUAGCUGGACAAUGGUAUACUGCAUCAUCAGGUUUGCCUCCUCUAUUUGAUGAGGAUAGGAUAAAAUGCACGCUUCAGAAAAUAUUUGACUAUAAUGUGAUGAGGGUGAAAGGAGGACGUAUGGGAGCCGUGAAUGGUAUGCAUCCAAAUGGGAAGGUAGAUGACACCUGUAUGCAGUCAAGAGAAAUCUGGACAGGAGUAACAUAUAGUUUAGCAGCAACGAUGCUACUCCAUGGAAUGGAGCAUCAGGCCUUCACUACUGCAGAAGGCAUUUAUAUAGCUGGAUGGUCUGAAGAGGGCUAUGGGUACUGGUUCCAAACUCCAGAAGCAUGGACAAUUGACGGACACUACAGGUCACUGAUAUAUAUGCGCCCCCUUGCAAUCUGGGCAAUGCAGUGGGCCUUGUCGCCUCCAAGGUCGAUACUGGAGGCCCCGAAGGUAAAUACAAUGGACAGAGCUCACAUUUCUCCAGGCACAUUCCAAUUUCUCCAGGAUAGUGUUAGAAAGAUGACACCCAAGAACGGUUGUUUUGGAAACACUGUAAUUAACUGGGAUUGUUGAUGUGAUUGUAGCACUUGUAUCUCAUUCUUGUCCAAUGUGUGUUUAGGGAGCACCUCAUGUAAGAAAAUAUUGAGUGUGGAAUGAGUGCCAUAUUAUGUUCAUUCAGGCUUUGCAGUUAUGUGGUGUACCUCUGACAGUGAGCCGGACUUUGUACAUUGUUGUACAGAAAACGUACAUGAUGCUGUGUUACCCUAAUAUUCAUGACAAUGUUGUUUAGCACA